UCUGUGAAAAUGUCUGUGCGCAGCCUUCAUCGCAAAACACGGUCUUUCUCCACCUGCCUGUUGUGGCUGCUGGGCUGUAGCCUCCUGCCGUAUGCUAAAGGGUAUGUAAUAGUAAAUUCAGUGUCAUGGUCAGUCACCAACGAAGUGGAAGAGGAAAUGGACAGUUCUUCCACUGAAGAUGCUUUACCAGCUCUGCUGGAAGAUGCCCUCAGUAUAUGGAAGCAGAGCUACCCAGCAUCUGCCUACAAGGAGGACAAAGAGAUUAAAUCUAAGCCAGGGCCUGAACCAUCCAAGCAUAUCUCUUCACCCUCAAGAAUGUUUUCUUACAGGAGAGAAGGCAGCGCAGCGACCGAUAGCUCCCCAUCUCCUACAAAUGCUAACCAGCACAGAGUGGCCAAGAAAGCUCGGGUGCUAGCCCACCAGAGCAAAUGGGGCUUCCUGGCAACAUUGUCCGCCCAGGAGGUGAUCCAGGCUAUGCCUUUUGGACACAUUCUUCUGACUAGUGAUGGUCCUAUUGAUAACAGUACCGGUAUCCCCUUCUGUUAUGUUCCUCCUAAAUCCAGUUUAGUCUCAGAUUUACUGAAGAACCCAACCGCCUCACUGACGUUUGCAGAUCCAGAUAGUGAUAAAGUGAGAAAGAACCUCAGUGAGCCAGAAGACCUACAGUGUGCCUCAUUGACCCUUACCGGCCAGAUGAUAAGUGUUCCUGUGGAAGAAGUAGACUUUGCCAGGAAAUCAUUGUAUUCCAGGCACGCCUUAAUGAAAAAGUGGUCUCAAAAUAAGGAGUGGCUCCUAAUGAAAAUGAAUACAGAGCAUAUAUUCCUUUCAAAUUGUUAUGGAGGAUCCUUCAACAUUUCUUUGGAUGAUUAUUACAGGGCAAGCGUAAACUGAGGAAGCUGUCUUCUCCUGUGCUUCAAGGCACUGGUGACGUUGCUAUAUGUUGGGGUCCAAGAAAGUUAUUUGAACAUUUAGAAGAAAUGGAUUUCUUUUUUCAGCGUGCAAAAAGAUAUUGGAUUUGUUCAAUUCAA